UGGAAAAAUGUAACACAAAUAAUGACAAUAACAUUAUUCAUAUCAGAUAUACAGCGCACCACAUUGCUAGUUACAAAGAACAUGCCAUUUGGACAAAUACUGAAGUAUAUCGUUUAAAAUGUUGCUAGGAUAGACGCGAGCUAUUAUUUAGAAAGGAUAAAGUAUUUAUUAGUCGACUAUCCAAAGCCUAGUGUAAUUAUUUGACAAACUCAGAAAUUACAAAAAUUUCAAUCUGUUUACAUUAUCCACAAGUCAUUGUCAAUGUUUAAUGUCUACAGAAACACUUUCUGUACAAUAACGCUCACACGAGUUAUGUGUCCUUAAUGGAGAGACAAUUGCAAACACUGUCUCGACAAAUAUGAUGAAGCAUUUACGCAUGGAGUAUUUAUGCUUCUUAAAUGUAUUCUUUAAUUAUUUUUCGUUGCUUUAUGGGAUGUCGCAUGUUUGUCAACAUUAUGAAAUCAGAAAUGUUCAUCCCUUAUGAUCUUAUAAUGUUUGCUAAGCUUUAUCUUGAUAACACAAAUUGUUUCUCACCUUGCGCGAUGCAUUCCAGUUUUGCGCAUGCUUAGCUAGCAGUCACGCGCGUUGCUGUACGACGUAAAGCGCACCCGCACUAUGUGAUAUGCCAAGCGCUUGCCGCGAUUACCAGUCCUGAAAAUGUCAAAUACAGAAUUUUUUCAAAGAUUGGAAAAUUGUAGAGGACAGAAAAGGGACAAGUAGUAUUCAGCCUUAUAGGAGAAAACAACAAAACUUGUAACGAGUCUAAAGGGACAAAAUCAGCUGAGAUUCGACACAACCAUUCUAUGUUUUGUGUUGAACGUAAUGUGCCUUGAAAUUACUUAUGGAAUAACGGGAAAAGCUAGCAAGUUAACAUUGUUUCAAGAUUAUGGGGGAUAUGUCUACUGGAAAGAACCUGCUGGCAGAAUACCAUCGGUUUCACGUAACUUACAAGACCAUUGCUGUAUAACAUUAAUUUCUCAACUGUUAUCUUCAAGGUGAUAAUGAAAAUAUUAUUUUCGCGUUUGCGAAAACAUUUCUUAACUACUAACAUGUUGUUGUCUUGUUGCAAAUUAUUUAAAACUUUAACAGUUCUUUGGUCUGCUGGACAUAAGUUGGCAAUAAUCUAAACUAUUUUAAUGACUUACGGAUAGGUCAUGCAUGCGGUGAUAACAGGGUAGGAAAAUAGGCUAUGCCAUGGAUUCAUAUGAAUGCAAACUUAAUCAUCCGUUACUCAUGAUUGCAUCUGUUAACAUGUUCAUGAUGAAAUCUGUAUUACUGACAUUAGUUGUGCUCUCAAGAUACACAAUCCAUCUUUUAAUUCUCAUUUAAUUAACCGGUUUUAAUGGUAGUAUGAAAUAUUUAAUCGCCAAUGACUCACACGAACUUUCACAUUUAAUGUGGAGAUGUCACUGUUUAGGUUUUUCACGGGUUAUGACUAGUGAAUGUGCGCAAUUGCAUCCAAAAUUAACACAUUGAACAAAAGGAGUAGUACUUGCUUGGAAAUAUAUACAUUUUCAAUCUGUGAAGCGAAAUCUCGGCCUAUGCACCUGCGUUGAGAAGAGCUCGCGCGAAUUUCUCACGUGGAAAUACUGGAACUCAAGAGAGUGCUAGCUUCUUGCUUUUGUCACUAUCGCUUCCGCUCUUGCGCUCCUUUGAGUUCACAGUAUUUCCGCUGCAGCUUUCUUUGAAACCGAGGCUCUGGCAUGCGCAUUGCGCUGAGAAUCGCAUCCGGUUUUAAUAAGCCAGAACAAAAGCUGGUGGUAUGUCGUCUUGUUAUUGAAUUUGGUUUUUUUAUUAUUUGAAGAGUAAUACAGUGGUGGUCCCAUCUUUCUGUAGUAUUCAUUGGACAUUUAUCCCGCAUUGUUGUCCAGUUAUAUCGCCUUAUUGUAGCCCUCUUUUGUUCGCUUUGUUCUACCCAAGGUGAGUUUAUUUUCUAGUGUUAUUAACUUUGCUGGAUUACGUGCUAAUGAGGUCUUCACAGUCUGUAUGUGACAAGAGGAUAUGAAAUCUGUCUAUUUAAAGCCUAACUAAUUGUGAGACUCAUUUCUUUCCAUUCCUGGUUAACUCCAAGUAUAGUCCAAAUGCAAAGAUUUGAAAUUUUAAUCAGGAUUUCAGCACGAAACAUGAAUACGGACAGAAAAUGUCUUCUUCAGCACCUCCUAUAGCUCUGUGACUUGUGUGUGCAUACACAUGUAUCUUAUGCAUGCACUCAUACAUGAAUCUGUGGAAAUGUCUCCGAUAUAUUCGAGUCAGACCCUUUUCGGAUUGAAGAUGUCACAUACCGUACUGUGAGUAAUCCAGUUCAUCCGCGUAGUAGUCAAUAUCGACUAUGUUUCAAGUGUAUUCAGGCUUAUUUCUUAAUCUGAUCACUCUACCAUUCCGCUUCCACUGCCUCUUACCUCCCUUGGAUCCUCACGGCCACCUAUAAACGUUAAAACCGGUUUCCCCGCGUUUCUGAUAUUAAAUGUUGCUCUGAAAGAGCGAGUUCUGUACAGAGGUGUUCACUUUUGACCAUGGCAGAUUUUUGUGUAUACCCAACUUUCUACGUCAAUCUGAACAGUUGAGUACACAUUCGUGAUUUUAAUUGAAGCGUUUACAACUGUGAAGUUCGGCAGUUUUUAGUUCUUAGUUGAUUUAUUUUGUAGAAUAAUUUAUGCUCAUUAUUAUUUUCUUCUUUGCCUAUAAAGUAGAUUAUUUAUACAGUCUUCAACAUGUAUUCCACAUAAAUUUAGGAUAGCUGGAAUCUGAUUAUCAUAUCGUCGUGCGGCUAUCCUUCCACGCAUACGCACAUUCAUCCUUACGCUUCUGUACAGGCCUGCUCCAUAAGAGCUAACAUUGAUUGCUAAAUUUCUAGACAAGGGUUGGCUUGGUGUCAGUCUUGUUGAAUUCCUGCACUAUUUUCUGUGUUUGCCCAAACCUUCGCUUACUUAAUUGAUCACCACUGUAGCCUAAAGUGAUCCCUCAUCCGUGAAUCCUGGAGUCAUUUAUUGCGCAACACCCGCGUAGUAGGCGUAAAGAGGUAGUAGACUGUGCUUUGAACAUUACAGCUUGCCUGGAAGCUGUGUAAAACAUGUCAUGUUUUUCUCAAUCUAGGGUCCCCCAGGGCUGCAAGGACCACGAGGUAACAUGGGGCCUAAAGGAGAACCGGGAAUCCGAGGACUUCCGGGCAUCCCUGGAGAGGAUGGACUCCGUGGCCUGCCUGGUGCUACCGGUCCCCCUGGCGCGGACGGACUCACGGGAAACAGGGGUGACAAAGGUGAUACCGGGGACCCCGGCCCGAGGGGUCCACGUGGACCAGCCGGUAAACAAGGCUUACCCGGAACUCCAGGCACUCCGGGUCUAGAUGGCUCGAAGGGUGAACCAGGAACUCCCGGGGCCGAGGGAAGGAUUGGACCUCCUGGGCUGGAUGGAAGAGCCGGUCCACAAGGGCCGGUUGGUCAGCCAGGACCAAUGGGACCAACGGGCGUUAAUGGCAACCCCGGACCUCCGGGUCCCCCUGGUCCUCCAGGAGAUCAGGGAAUUCCCGGAACCGGUGGGACUGGUGGCUCUCGUAUGGCGUACGGACCAGCGGGUCCUCCAGGUCCAGCGGGACCAUCUGGAAUGCCUGGAGAACGCGGUGCCCCAGGUGAAAGGGGUUUGAUGGUGCCCCCGGAGCUCCUGGAGUACCUGGUCUUCCGGGGUCAACAGGGCCCCCAGGGGGCAGAGGGGUUACGGGGCUCACCAGGAAUGCCCGGGUUGCCCGGAUUACCGGGGACCAGUGUGUCACAUACGGAGGUGAAAGAAAUAGUCUACCAGUUAUUGCGAGAGCGCCUACAGGACUUGGUAGCCGAUCUCCAAGGUCCCCCGGGACCCCAGGGGGUGGGUAAACCCGGAAGGUCGGGAAAUCCGGGGCCACCAGGACCCGAGGGGCAGAGAGGUCCACCCGGACUUCCGGGUGACCGUGGCUUUAUGGGACUUCCCGGAAUGCCAGGACAACCUGGACCUGUCGGACCCAAAGGUGACAUAGGUCCGAUGGGAGAGAGGGGGCCUAUUGGUGAAGGCAGACCUGGACCGCCCGGCCCAUCAGGACCUCCGGGGUCUCGAGGACCCCGCGGUCAGGGUAUACAGGGCCGGCCCGGGGACAGAGGAGCCCCGGGUACUCAAGGAAUUCCUGGUCUUAGGGGGUCACCGGGUCAGCCGGGCCCUCCAGGAUACUGUGAAUUCUGUAACUUUGCUGCUACGGGUCCUCAGUACCAGCAAGUACCACGAAGGAACAUCAUCAAGGGACCUUAAGAAUGAAUCAAACCUGAUCUGUUCACACUUGCUUAUACAUGCACCAGGGCUCCUGUAGCCAGGCGACCAUUCUCCUUCUCGUGGCGAGUAACCAAUCAGAGCCGGCGGUGAUAUUUAACCCCAGGUCUAACCAAUCUGAUUGGACGACAUCGCAUUAACGUAUUAACCUUGGAAGGAGAAUGGCUCUCCAGCUCCAGGUUUGUCUGUCUGUUGAGGCUGUGGUUAUCCCCCCUUUAACCAAAACAAUGCCCUCUAUCACCAACCUACCUCUUCCCUCCCUUCACCUGCCCUGAAUCGCCUCAUGUCCUCUUCUUGUCUGCGAAGACUUUCCACAUCGUGUCCUUUUGUUCACUGCAUGUAU